CUGGCGCCCGGCCUCCGGGCCCCAAGCCUGACACAAGGAGACACCGGGGAAGUUCCGGUACCUUUUCUGGGGAGCAGAAGCUGCCAUGGAAGAGCCUGCAGCUCCCACAGAACCCUACGAGGCAGCUGGGACAUUUGGGGACAUCGAGGCAGCCGGGGAGAUCAUCCCUUGGCCCACCCUUCCGGUGCCUCCCACCUCCCGGUGGUCUCCGGCUCCAGGCCCAGCCCCCUUCCGUCCGUCACGUGUGAGGCCCGCCCAGGAGUCAGGGGGAGGGGCUGGGCCCAGAUGGCUGCCGGGCCGGAGCAGUGGCAGCUGGACAAAGGAAGUGGUCUGCAGGUAUUAUCUGCAUGCUCAGUGCAAGGAGGGGGAGAACUGCCGAUACUCCCAUGACCUCUCAGGGCGGCAGGUGGCCAGGGAGGGCCCCGGUUCACCACCCCCAGCCUCCGCAGACAGUGGCCCCAGCGCGGCUGCGCAUGCCGAGGCCCUGCCUCAGGAAGUGGCGGAAGCCCCCCCGGCUGUGUCCUCACGCUCUUUUCCUCUGAUUGGCUCCGCUGAGAGGGUUUUCUUUGAAGCCGAGACUGAAUAUUCAGGCCUUGAAGCUGCGGGAGGAGCAGGUGCGGAAGGCUGGGAGCAUGCCAUUGAGUUUGUUCCCGGGCAACCGUACCAAGGCCGCAUGGCCCCUCCUAUCUACGUGGCUCCUCCACAGGGCUUGCUGACUGUGAGGGAGCAGUUUGCCUUGGGCCAGAGGCAGCAGCUUUGCCGCGAUGCUAUCAUGGGGCAAUGCUUUCGUGGGCCAAGCUGUAUGUAUCUUCAUGGAGAUAUGUGCGAUUUGUGUGGGCUGAAGGUCUUGCACCCCUUUGAUGGUGCUCAGAGGGCAGACCAUAGAAGGGCCUGCAUGGAAGCACAUGAGCAGAAUAUGGAGCUCUCGUUCGCCGUGCAGCGCAGUGCGGACAAAGUGUGUGGCAUCUGCAUGGAGGUGGUCUAUGAGAAAGCCAACCGGAAUGAUUGCCGCUUUGGCAUCCUCUCCAGCUGCAACCACACCUACUGCCUUAAGUGUAUCCGCAGGUGGAGGAGUGCCAGACAGUUUGGGACCUGGGUCGUCAAGUCCUGCCCCCAGUGCAGAGUCAUCUCCACCUUUGUCAUUCCCAGUGAAUUCUGGGUGGAGGAGGAGGAAGAGAAGCAGAGACUUAUUCAGCAGUACCUGGAGGCAAUGAGCCACAAGCCCUGCAGGUAUUUUGUAAGAGGCAGGUACUGCCCAUUUGAAGAGAACUGUUUUUACAAACAUGCCUUCCCUGAGGGCCAGGGAGAGGAGCCCCAGAGGCAGGGUGCUGGGGCACCCGGUCCUUGGCGUGGUCAACUUUUGGAGCCUCCGCAGGUGGGAGAGGGCGACAUGCCCUUUAAAAGCUGUAAAAAAGAGCUUGUCAUGCUUUGGCUGGCCAAUCUGUUGUGUCAGUGUUUUCUUUCAUGGGGAGCUAAUGAGCUCCCCUGCUCAGAGACCCAGUGGGACUUGCUUCAUUGUGAGCUGGAAGAAUAUUUCAAUUUGAAUCUGUGGCAUUCUGUGGCAUGUUGUAUGGUGUGCUGAGGCUCUGUCAUCUGCUCUUGCCUGUGUUUUGUUUAUAGACACAUCUGUCACUUACAGAAGCUGCUGAAACCAUUUGUUUAGAGCAUCCAUCUCUGUUUUCUUGCCCAUUCCCAUUUCUUUGCCCCUAGGGUUAUGGUGUUUCACUGUGCUAAAAAGUCACAAAACAUCCUUAAAGUUAUUGUUUGGUGAAAUUAAUAUGACUGUCAGUUUAUGGUUUAUUUUGUCAUCUCUGUUUUCAACAGGAUUGACUCAGUUCUAGUCUAGUGUUUACAGAAUGUCCACACUCAUUUUGAAGCCCCUCAAGAAUAAAUGUGACAGGGUGAAGGGAGAAGUCUUAACUGAACAAGGAGCUUUUUGCUACUUCAGCCUUAAGAAAUCGACCCUGGAGGGGCCUUGUGGUGCAACUGCUUAUCUCUGUUGUUUACACAUUUGUUGCUUCUCAUCCUUUUCAAGUGCACUCUUUAACUUGUGGUUACCUUGUGGUUUUGUGUUUUACUUGACCAGAACCAGUGCAUAUGUUUACAUGUUUUUAUCUUGUUUAGCUUGAUGUGAAAUUAUUUAUAUUUGGAAGUAAUAUUUAAGAAUUA